AAAAAUUAUAUAUAAAACCUCUCAGUUGUACAGCUUUUCUCUUCACAUAUCACUAGCAGCAAAAAAAAAAUUCUCUCUCUCCCAUAUCACACAAAAUAGAGGGAAUAAAGAAAACACAACAUGACAACAUACGGCACACAUCCGACGUCGCCUAACGACUUAGCCCCCAAACUCGAGUACAUCACCCGCGGCAACAACCAACACAACGUAAUAUCCGGCCUCGCCACACGCCGCCCUUGGAAGCAAAUGCUCGACCUCCGUUCCUUCAACUUCCCUCGCAAACUAGCCACCGUGACCUCCAGAGUCAGAGCCAACACCGUCUAUUUCCAGACCAACUACACCAUAGUCGUCCUAUUCUCCGUGUUCCUCAGUCUGAUUUGGAACCCCUUCUCCCUCCUAAUCCUACUUGCUCUGCUAGACGCUAAGCUCAAUAUCGCGGUGGCUAUCGUGGCCGGUACGACGGCUGUGUUGUCUCACGCAGCUGUUAGGAAAACUGAAGAUUUGUACCACCAAAAUGACAAAGAAACCAGUCUAUUAAACCCCUAAGAAAAUGAUCGUCAUUUCAUUAUUUGUUAGAUUAUUUCGCAUUAUGACUAUGAUUGUUUAUUUGCGUUUAGGUUCGUUUGAAUGUUUGAUUCAAUGUUAUGAAAACUAAAUAUUAAAACCAUGAUUGUACGUUUAUGAUCAUUUAAUUA